AUGGCUCAGCCGCGCUGGGCGAUCCAUCCGGCGGGACGGAACCGAUGGCCUAGGCCUGCCGCUUCGAUACACUGGCUUCAGAUAGCAAAAAUCGUCAUCCCUCUUGUUCUCAUUGUACAGCUAUUCGUCUUUCUGACAAGCAAUGGCAGCACGUCCAAGCUCGAGCGGUUCACGCGCCCUUUCAAGGGCGAGAAGCGAGUUUUCAUAUCCGAUUUUCUUAGCCAUGAGGGAUACGGUGGUGCUUUCGAUGGCCGCCCUAUCGCCGACAUGUGCGCGGGCAGGAGCUGGAAUCCGGACCGGAUAGUCCAGUGCGAUGCCGUGCCCGAGGGCGUUGGAACGGUUAGGAACGGUCAUCUACAGUGUAUCCGAUUCGCCAUCGAGAUAGGAGCUGGCGGCCUCAUCCUACCAGAUAUCGUCAAGAGAUCAGAGCACAACAUUGCCCAGGCGAUCCCAAACGCCAAGGGCCCGCUGCGCGGCGUUGGCCUGGACUAUUUUUUCGACAGCGACCACCUCACCUCAAGCCUCACUAAGUUCUGUCCGCAGAUGAGGCUGUACCCUUCCAUCAACGCGCUGCACAACGUCCCCUCGCUCCUGACCGGCGUCAAGGUCAAGCUCGACCAGCUGCAGCCGCCCAGGAUCAAUAUCAGCUCGACCGUCAUCGAGGACCUGGAUGGCUUCUGGGAGCAGGUGAGGACGCUCAUUUCCAAGGAAGACGACGGGAAGCGCAAGCCACUCAAGAUCCAGCUUGUGUGGUCUCCAUUUUGGUACAGUGUGGAUCACGACUCGGUCGAGUUCGUCACUAGUUUUGGCCGGCUCUUGAGGACGCGACAUGACGUUCGACGGUUCGCCGGCUCAGUCCUUUACGGCUUGAAAACGCGCUUCAAUCUAGACCUGGACCCGAGGAAACCGCCAAAGGGCCAAUCCGGAGAAGAGGUCGCCCGCAACGUGGCUGAAGGCAAGAGCUUUCUUGGAGUGCGUAUCAGAACCGAUGUCGACGCCCAAUCCAUGCAUUGGCCAAACUACGAGACACAGGCAACCUAUUUCAACCGUCUUGUGGGACAGAAUCAAAUCCCCGUCACCUACAUGACACAAGGUGCCGCGAAAGCCGAUGUUAGCGACUUCAAGGCGAACUCGGCAGGUUUUAAUGGUGUCGUCGUGCGCAAGGAGGACUUGCUCACGGGUCCCGAACUCGAGACCCUGCAGAGUCUCAGCUGGGAUCAACAGGCGCUCGUUGACUAUGAGGUCAUGCUCUCGGCGGGGAUCGUUGCCGGAAUUGCUCACUCGAGUUUUUCGUGGAAUCUGGCGAUACGUCGGAGGAUCGAAUUUUCGGGACCAGAGAAUGAGGCGCUGGGCAAUAAUGGCCUGGUGUUGCCCGAGGGCAGCAUAACUUAUCAAGACCCAUACUCGAUCAUAUUUGGGCCUGGCGAGGGAGAGAACAGUGCCGUCAUGUCUGAUUCUAUGCGGCUCACCAUAUGGCCCUGA